GGGUGUCUCACUUCCCAUACACGUUAAACGCCGUAUAAAUGUUCCCGAGGCUGUUAAAGCUCCUCAUUCCGGCGGCUUUUAUCUCCUAAAUGUGUUUCCGAUGGCUGAAGAGGAUCUACCACUGGCUCCGGCGGAAAUGCUCCCGGCGGCACCGCGGCUACAGCCGGGAGAUGUCCCUGAGCCACCACGGUUUCUGCAGCGGCGCCUUCUCCAACCGCCACGGCCGCGCUUCCUUCUCCUGCAGCGGGGACGGUUCCGUCCACUACACCCGGAGACCCCCGCCCUGGCGGCCCCCGCCACCCCCGGCCCCCUACAGCAUCUCGGGGCGCUUCUCGUGUGACGGCGAAGGGUCCAUCGUGGUCUCCAGCGGGGAUUCUGGGGUCACCUCCGGCUGGGACGCCACGGUGGGGACCGUCCCCGUUUAUGGCCCCGGCGUGGGGAUGGGGUACGGCAGCGAGGAUUUGGGUCCGGUCAUCAGCAGCACCGGGGGAGGUGGGGGAUCCAUGUACCACGGUGGGGAUUUGGGGAUCACUGGAGGAGCAGGGGGUGGGUAUGGAUACUCCACACCCCUGACCACAGGAGGGGUGACUGAAGGGUCAGGGUACUAYGGUGGAGGGUUGGGAUAUGGAAUUGGGACAUUCCCGGCAGUGGAGCUCAGCCCUGCCGGUGGGGGCUGCGCCCAGGUGGUGCAGCAGAAAUGCCCCGUGGUUGUCCCCAGCACCAAAACCCAGCAGUGCAAACAGAGCACCCACUGGCCCCCCGUCCAGAAGAAGUGACUCGGCCCAGCGGCCGUUCCCAAAUCCCAAAAGUGUCCCUGGAUGAGCCACAACGGGCAUUUUUGCACGUCCWUAYGGUCGCAGAGCUCCGCGUUCCUCAYGUGAGGCUGGGCUGAUGACAGUCCCCCAAAAACUGCUGGAAAACUGGGGGUUUGYGCUGUGGUGACAGGAAAAGAUUCUUUUCUCCUUCUCCUUAGGAUGAUGGGUUGUAAAAUAAAACCUCACAGCCUGAGGGUAGUUUCAAUCUCAGGAUGAUUUCUCUCAUUUCUGKCUCCUUCACUCAAAACACAAAUGGAUCCUCAAAGAAUGUCCACAACACAAAGUUUUCCUUCCAACCUUUUUUUACGUAUUUUACUCACAUUUAAACACAACAUUUAUAUGAAUAGAAUUAAAAUACAGCAUUUCCAACAGCCAGAGAAGUUCAGGUGGCAAGGGGAUGGUGUCAGACUGUUCCUAGUGGCAACCAGUGGCAGGACAAGGAGUGAGGGACACAAACCAAAYCCCAAAUUCCACCUCAACAAUUCAAGGAAGAAUUUCUCUCCAGAGCUGCCUGAGGAAGGAGUGGAGUCUCACCCUCCAGAGGCAUCCCAAACCCACCU